AUGGCAGGGGAUCACGAGGAGCACGAGGGCGCCUCCGUCCAGGAGCUCCUCAUCGAGGCCGCGCGCCGCGACAACACCGAACUCUUCAACGACGUCAUCGCUGGAAUCAAGGACGAGAACGAGCUCUCCCGCAUCCUCAACGAGACUACCACUGUCAUGGGAAACCACCUCUAUCACGAAGCUGCCUCCCGAGGAAACUACGACAUAAUCGACCUCCUACUCGACCAACCAAACUUUGAAUGCGAUCCCAUCAACCGCCAAGAAGGCGACACACCCCUCCACAGCGCCAUCCGCUGGAUCAACAACGAAUCCCAAGCCAACCGCGAAUUUGGCAACGCCCUCGUCGACAUGAUGCUCGAAGCCGGCUCCAGCCCACGCAUCAAGAACAAGGGCGGCCUCACACCCCUCCAGCUCGUCGAUCCCCGUAACCCGGCCCUUCGCGAACUGAUUCAGAAGCACGAGUACGCCUCGCUCAACGCGGGUGACUUUAUCAACGUGGACGCUUCGUCUGCGGGCAAGAAGAGCAAGGGCGGUGCGAGCGCGCCGGCGUCAGCGCCCCCUGGUGCGCCUCCUGCGAUUCCUAAUUCUGCUGCGCCGCCUGUGCCUGUGGGUUACGCCCAUGACGAGGAGAGCGACGAUGAUGCCGAGUUCAGUGGUAGUGAUGACGAGGAGAGGGCCGAGUGGGAUCGGAGACGGAAGGAGCGUGCCGCGCGCAAGGGUUGA